AAGUUUUUCUAUAAAGCCGCAGCCGCCGACGCAAACAGAAGCAAGGAAAAGAGGAAAACGGCUAACAAAGAGCGAAAACGAAGCAAUUUUUGUACUUUUUUAAAAAUAAUAACAACAAAGCCAAAAGAUGACUGAUUUGCGCAAUGAGAUGGACAGCGAUCUGGAUCAGAACUACUCACUGAACAGCAAUGCGGAUCCAAAGAAUAUGCAGGAGCUAACAAUUUACGUACAAAAUCUGUUGCAGAAUGUGCAGGACAAAUUUCAAACGAUGUCAGAUCAGAUAAUCACACGUAUCGAUGACAUGGGCAAUAGGAUCGAUGAUCUGGAAAAGAGUAUUGCGGAUCUGAUGAAUCAGGCGGGUGUCGAGGGAACGGCACCGGAGAAAUGAGUGAAUCCAAGAUAUCAGUGCCCAGUGCCACGCCCACAAUCAAGGCAUGCAGCACCACAAUCACAUAUACAUCGAACAUCUACACAACAUACUACAUAUACACACGUACACAUCUACUCUCACACUUUUGUAACAA